AUGUCUGAUAUACCGUUACCUGACUAUACCUCUCGAAGCUCAAGCAAGAUCGCUGGUGAAACCAUCAGGAUGCAUAACAUGUACGUGGUUGACCCUGAGACCAACACCUCGGCCCUGCCAUAUCGAACCCGCAACGAGAAGCUGGAGAAGUUAUAUCGCCGUGCUUGCUGUGGAUCGGUCGCCGGCAUCCUCCUCUGGAUUGUUCUCUUGUUGGUUGCCAUCUUCGUCCCAAUUGGCGUGCUCCUUGCUAAAGGUCAAUUGGGAUCCCACUCACCGCAACAGCUUGAGCCUGCGCCUUCGACCCUGACCUCGUGGGUAUUUCCCUCUACAGCAAGUUCGACUGCCUUGGUGAUUGCGAUAUCGCCGGGUAUGUUGACCACAACCGAGACGGUCACGUCUGUUCCGAUGUACCCUGCAAUCAGCACCGAGACGGUCACAUCAGUGGUAACCUCGAUCUCGGUGAGCAUUGUAACCUACUCGGGACCCUCUAUCGCCGUAACCAUGGAAGCAGUCACCACAACAGACAUCGAGACUAUCACCGCGACUGCAAAACAGACGACGGCGCCAAAGACUACAUCUCCAGAUGAGCGAUCGGUCAGUUUCACCACCGUAGAGGUCACAACCACGACGGUCCUCAAUCUCCCCACUGUUCACAUCAUCGAAAACACCAUCACCUCGACAGGGAGUUUCAUGGUCCAUCCAACGACUUUAUCCGCGACCGCAACCCAGGCUUUCGUGUCUCCUCUGGUGGAAGCUACAAUCCUGCCGGACGUGACUCCAACUUUCAGCCUUGCCCCAGCUGUGAGACCGACGUCUUGA